AUGACACUCUCAUCCCAUAUCGACUCCGACGAACUCGAGGGCAAGAUCCUCGAGGCUGAGUCUCCGGCCAAUAAGCUUGUCAACAAGUAUAUAAGUGCCAAGAAGCAAUUCCACAAUACACGUGCGGAGGAAAAGCCUGCCAGCAAGAUCGUGUCUAAGUUCCGGGGCAUUGCCGAGAAAUACAGGAUCCAGGAGAAUGGAAUGGAGCCAAGACAGGUGUACGAGAUUCUACACGACGAAUUGACCCUGGACGGCACCACGACACUCAAUCUGGCCUCGUUUGUCAACACCCACAUAGAAAGGGAGGCCGAACAGCUGAUCAUCGAAAACCUAACUAAGAACCUUGCCGAUAACGACGAGUACCCAAUCCUGCUGGAGAUGCAGCAAAGGUGCAUUUCGAUUCUGGGAAACAUGUGGAACGCUCCUGCCGAUUUGAAAAACGGCGCCCUCGGAACCGCCUGCACCGGCUCAUCCGAAGCCAUUAUGUUGGGAGGACUUGCUAUGAAGAAAAACUGGCAGGCCAAACGCAAAGCAGCAGGAAAGGAUUACCACCAUCCAAACAUCCUCAUGGCAUCCUGCUGCCAGGUGGCCCUCGAGAAAUUUGCCAGGUACUUUGACGUCGAGGAACGCAUAAUUCCCGUGUCCAACACAGACUUUUUGCUCGAUUACGAGCUAAUCAGACGCAACCUGGACGAAAACACAAUCGGCGUUUUUGUUAUUCUGGGGUCCACAUACACGGGAGGCUUCGAAAGUGUUGAGAAGGUCAAUGAUAUUUUGCAGGAAUACGAGGACGAGACUGGUCAUUUUAUCCCUAUCCAUGUGGACGCCGCAUCCGCCGGGUUCCUUGCCUCUUUCGUGUACCCAGACCUUGCGUGGGACUUCAGAAUCCCUCGCGUGGUGUCGAUCAAUACAUCCGGCCACAAAUUUGGUCUUGCUACCGCAGGUCUUGGUUGGGUCGUUUUCCGUACCAAAGAUUGGCUACCAGAAGAGCUCAAAUUUCAACUACAGUAUCUUGGAGGCCUGGAAGAGUCUUUCACCAUCAACUUCUCCAGACCAGGCUACCAGGUCAUCCACCAGUACUUCAACUUCCUCCAUCUGGGCCAAAAGGGAUACUUUGAGAUUUUUGACAACUGCCUAACAAACGCACGCAUUUUGUCGAGAUUCCUAGAAGAAACUGGAAUUUUUGUCUGCGUCUCAAACCUGCACCUGCCUAAGGGUCACACGGCACGCGGCGCACCGCAGGAGGCCCCAAGUCCCGUCAGCCACCAUGCCUAUUUAUCGGACCACAACUACUAUAACCCUGCACUGCCUGUUGUUUCCUUCCAGCUUUCGAAGGAGUUCAUGGAUGCGUACCCAGAAAUUCCACAAUCCCUGGUGUCUGCUCUGCUGAGAAACCGCAAAUGGAUCGUUCCAAACUAUGGUCUUCCAAAAACGUCCAAAGAGGACGAGAAUGAGAACAACGAGAUCCUCAGAAUUGUGGCCAAGUACAACUUGACGUCCCAGUUGUUGGACAAACUGAUGCACGACAUCGUCGAGGUUAUGGAGGUGCUCAUGAAGUCUGUCGCACUUGUCAGAAAGAACGUCGAGAAGCUGAAAACCGGAUCAAAAGAAGCAGACAAUGACAUGAUGUACAACAUGCUUCUUUCUAUUGCCAAUGACGGCAAUGAGAAGCUGAUUAAACUGAAAAACACACCACCAGAGUCCAAACACAACUCAUUCAGAGGCCCAUGCUAG